AUGUCUCAGACUAAGUCUGCCCCCAGCCAGGGAACCCCUUCCACUCCUGCAUCUAGCAAGGCCACAAAGACUGGAGACACUGGAAUGGGCAACUACAGAAUGAUGCUGUUUGACCAGGAGAAUUUCCAGGGCAGAAUGAUGGAGAUCCACAAUGAGUGCAUGAACAUCUGUGACCAAGGAUUUAAUAGAGUACGCAGUAUCAUUGUCGAGUGUGGCCCCUUUGUUGGCUUUGAGCAGACUAACUUCCGUGGGGAAAUGUUUAUCCUGGAGAAGGGUGAGUAUCCUCGCUGGGAUACCUGGUCCAACAGCUACCGUAGUGACUGUAUCAUGUCCUUCAGGCCCAUACGCAUGGACCCCAUGGAGCACAAGAUCUGUCUGUAUGAGAUGACCGAUUUCCAGGGCAACAAGAUGGAGAUCCAUGAGGAUGAUGUCCCCACUCUGUGGGCACAUGGUUUCUGUGACAGAGUGGGCAGUGUGAGAGUUCCUGGUGGGGCUUGGGUGGGAUACCAGUACCCAGGCUACAGAGGCUACCAGUAUCUAUUUGAGUGUGGAGACUACAGACACUAUAAUGAGUUUUGUGCCUUCCAACCUCAGAUUCAGUCCAUUCGGCGUGUGAGGGACAUGAAGUAUCACCAGCGUGGUAGCUUCAUCAUGACUGCUGCUAAACAAUGAACCAGGGCUUCUGUGAAGUAAAGCCCUCCUAUGGUGCUUUUUAUCCC